UCCGCACUCGGCAGAAAUCCAACUUUACAAUCUGAUCCGAAAUUCACUUGACUCAAUCAAAACCAACCCACAUUCGAUACUCCGAGUCUCAGUGUCCGCCUCCACCCCCCCCUCUCUCUCUCUCUCACUCCCUCCCUCCAAUGGCGGCUUCUCCCAUCUUCAGAUCCUCCUUCCUCUCCUCCCAGCCGCUCUCCCACAACUCCUCCACGGUCCUCCCCACCUCCCAUGCUCCCCUCUCCAUCCGGGCCACCGCCACCUCAUCUGACCCCCCCGCCGCAGCCCCCAUCAAGCACCGCCGUCCCGCUGAAGAAAAUAUCCGCGACGAGGCCCGCCGCCACACUAAAUCCCACAACUUCUCUGCCAAGUACGUUCCCUUCAACGCAGAGCCUGCCUCUACUGAAUCCUAUUCCCUCGAUGAGAUCGUCUACCGCAGCCGCUCCGGCGGCCUGCUCGACGUGCAGCACGAUAUGGAGGCGUUGAAGAAGUUCGACGGCGAAUACUGGCGUUCAUUGUUCGAUUCGCGUGUGGGUAAGACCACGUGGCCUUAUGGGUCCGGGGUCUGGUCUAAGAAAGAGUGGGUGUUGCCGGAGAUUGAUAGCGAUGAUAUCGUGAGUGCGUUUGAGGGGAACUCGAAUUUGUUCUGGGCAGAACGUUUUGGCAAACAGUUCCUGGGCAUGAAUGAUUUGUGGGUGAAACAUUGUGGGAUUAGCCAUACGGGUAGUUUUAAGGAUCUGGGCAUGACUGUUUUAGUCAGUCAAGUGAAUAGGUUGCGGAAAAUGAAUCGUCCUGUGGUGGGCGUGGGCUGCGCAUCGACUGGGGAUACAUCUGCGGCUCUUUCAGCUUAUUGUGCCUCUGCUGGGAUUCCAUCAAUUGUGUUCUUGCCUGCUAAUCGAAUUUCCAUUGCUCAGCUGGUUCAGCCAAUUGCCAAUGGUGCUUUUGUUUUGAGUAUUGAUACAGAUUUUGAUGGUUGUAUGCAAUUGAUUCGUGAAGUCACAGCUGAGCUGCCUAUUUAUUUGGCUAAUUCAUUGAACAGUUUAAGAUUAGAAGGCCAGAAAACUGCAGCUAUUGAGAUAUUACAGCAGUUCGAUUGGCAAGUUCCUGAUUGGGUUAUUGUUCCCGGUGGAAACCUUGGGAAUAUAUAUGCAUUUUACAAAGGCUUCCGCAUGUGUAAAGAACUUGGGCUUGUUGAUAGGAUUCCGAGGCUUGUUUGUGCUCAGGCUGCAAAUGCUAAUCCACUUUACUUGCACUAUAAAUCAGGGUGGAAGGAUUUUAAGCCUGUCAAGGCAGGAACUACAUUUGCCUCUGCAAUUCAGAUUGGUGAUCCGGUUUCUAUUGAUAGGGCAGUCUAUGCACUGAAGAACUCUAACGGGAUUGUUGAGGAGGCAACUGAGGAGGAGUUGAUGGAUGCUAUGGCACAGGCUGACUCGACUGGGAUGUUUAUUUGCCCUCACACUGGUGUGGCAUUGACAGCAUUGAUUAAGUUGAGGAAUAGUGGGAUUAUUGGACCAACGGACAGGACCGUUGUAGUGAGUACUGCUCAUGGGUUGAAGUUCACUCAAUCCAAGAUUGAUUACCAUUCCAAGGAGAUUAAAGACAUGGCUUGCCGGUAUGCGAAUCCGCCUGUUCAAGUUAAGGCAGAUUUUGGGUCGGUCAUGGAUGUUCUGAAGAAGUAUCUGCUGAGCAAAGAUUCCAAAAUGCAUUAAGAGCUAAACUAGUUCUGCUCCUGUAUUCCUAUGACUCUUAAGCAAAACAGGUUAGCUGUAGGAGUUGCGCAUCGUCUUUUUGCAUUAUCAUUGUUGUUUGCUAAUCAAUCAUGUACACCUAGAAGUUACAUUGAUGUUCCUGGAUUUAAGUAAACUGGAAGCAAGGCUGAAAACUGAUUGCUUUUCAGGAGCUGUAUUAUCAGAAGAUUUUGAUUGAAUUUCUAUUUCAAUAAACUGUGUUUAUCGAUCAUUUGCA